AUGGAACGGUAUAGUCUAGGUGAAAUAGCGAGCGGACGAACUUGGAAAGAAAAGAAAAGAGUCUGGAGAUGGAAAAGUAAAAGUGGAUUCUCUACAGGUACAGACACAAAUAAAAAAAGAUGGACAGUUAAUUAUGCUAUUUCAGAUGCAGAGCGUAACACUGUAUACUUCAUUGAUCUAGCGAAGGAGAAUGUUUCACUUCUCAAUAUGAUUCAAAGAGGAGAAUUUGUCACCUUAUAUGGUGCGCGCACUUCAGAAAAUUCACACGUGUUAUUCAAGCUAAGAAACAGUUUAUACGCAAAGUCUUUAUUUCUGGUCAACAUAGAAUCUAUAGAUAAAUUCUGGAUAUCACUCAACCAUUCGUUUGAAACUAAUACCGUCUCUAAUAUCAAAUUUUCUGGUAUCAAAUCUGCUAGUAAAUUGCUAGAUUGUUUGGUAAAGACAAGUGUAAAAAAAGUGGUUCUAUUUGUCAAUGAGUACGAUGUAUUGUAUGAAGUAGGUGAUGAUGUUAGAGCCUCGUUUCUUAGAACCAUCUGUAACAUUAAAAACGCAAAAGAUAAUUAUUUUCUCUGGUCUUCUAUGGCCGUUGGUCUCUUCAGUAUCUUACAUUUGAGUUCAAAUAAAAGUAUGUCAUCCUUCAAUGUGAAGGAUUCAUUUCAAAAUCCAAAUUUUACGAAGAAACAAGUACUGUCAUUAUAUAAAGAUUUUGCAUAUGACUACAAUUUCAUCAUCGAUUCAGCAAUUGUUGAGAACAUUUACACGAGAACAAAUGGGAUUCUUUGUUUAGUACAUAUCGUUGACAACAAAGAAAAAAACUUAGCAGAAUUCUUAACAGCUGAGGCCAUUCCUGAAUUAUUCAAGUCCACCCCAACAGUUGCAGUUCCUGAAAAAUGUGAUGGAUUCCUUGAUAUCGUCAACGUUUUGAAGACAGUCGUUCAUUUCUUUGACCAAGACAUUAUUUCCAGAGCAUUCUAUCGGUCAUUUAAAACAGCACGUGAUGUAUAUGUGAACGGUCAAAAAGAUAAACGUGUUCCCCGAGAAAGCACCUAUGAUACAGAGAUGAACAGAGUCUUAAUCAACUGGAUUUCCAAACAACGUAAUUUCGAGGUCACUUGUCUGUGGCAUUUUGUAGAAUAUUGUGCCAACGAAAAAAAUAAACACACAUAUAGUGAUAUUGUAAUCAAAACUCCGCGUCAAACAGUUGUAUUAGAACUUUUAGCUACUGCAACUAGAACACAACUCAAUGAACAUUUUGUACGGGCAAUUGAGUUUGGGAAUAAGAUAUCUGCGGAAGACGUUUGGAUAGUACAUUUUACAUGUGAGGAUAAUUCAACCCAAAAUCCCUAUUAUCCAUCUAUUACAGAACUUUGCAGACUUAAUAUUGUACACUUCUUGCAUGAUGAAAAGUUUAAAAAUGUGCGAAUGAGUGCUCGAUUCAUGGAUAGCUCAAAUAGUUUUAGUUAUAUUAAUGAUGAACUGAUUAAACGCAAACGGAUAACAUCUAAAAAGUUUCUUCCUAGACGUCCUCAUCACAUUCCGAAGAAAUCUCCAACCGUAGCAUUAUAUUUUUCCUCAUUUCUCUUCUUUUUCUCUAUUCUGUGUGCUCGAGAAUUCGCUAGCGCGAUAUCAUUUGUCUUAUCACAGAUGGCCUUCAGGCAAUCAUACGCAUCGUAUUUGGCAACUUUGUUCUACGAAGUUUGCCAAGCCGAUAAAAGAGAACAUAGAUCUGAUGUAAUUUAUCAUCAGGGGCAUUUGGUUUGCACGAAAAAAUUCGUUCGCAUUGUCACUGCCAAAUCAACAUGGUCUUCAAAAAAUUAUUUUCGAUGCGUUUCGGGAAGACCGCCACUUCCAAGUCCAACAAUUGUUUUCAGCAUGUCAACAUUAAUUUUCGGGGUUCCUUUAAAAUCACAUUUCUGUUCGAUUCGAGCUUGCAGUAUAGUUGAAUGUCCUUCGUUUCGUAGUUUAGCAGAAGCUCAAGCAGCAUAUUCCGCCUCUAAAGAAAAUAAAUUAUGUUGUUAA